CAGCCCCGCCCCACGUAGCCAAAGUGUGGUGGCCUGGCCUGUCUUGGCCGUGGCACUGCCUCUGGACGUCUCCCUCUCUCAGUCAGUGCUGGACAACCAUAGUGGAGAGACAUCAUGAUCCGCGCGGCCAUCCUCUCUGCCCUACUGGCUCUUGCCACGGCGCAGCAAUUCAAUGAAUGCCCAGAACGCUAUGGGUUGCAGCUGUACCCUCACCCAACCAGCUGCAACGAAUUCUACAAAUGCGCCAACGGUACCCUGACAUAUGAAGUCUGCGAGAAUGGUCUGCUCUUUGAUGGCAAGGGUGCUGUUCACAACCAUUGCAACUACCACUGGGCUGUUGACUGCGGCGAGCGCCAGGCUGACCUGACUCCUUUGGGUAAUGGAAUCUGUGAGUAUUCUUUUGGCAUCUACUCCAAUGGCGCAUGUGAGACCGAUUACACCUUGUGCACCUACGGUGAACCCAAAUAUGAGCCCUGCACUCCUGGCCUGGCCUAUGAUGAGAGGAUCCAUGGUUGCAACUGGCCUGACCUCAUGGAGUACUGCGUUCCUCAAGACAUUGUUGGCUUUGAGUGCCCAGCAUAUGUAGACAGCAAGGAUCCAGCUGCCAGGUUCCUGCCUCAUCCUCGCUAUCCUACGCAAGACUGUGGUCGCUACAUCGUCUGUGUGGAGGGCAACCCUCGCCUGGUGGGCUGUGGAGACUCCACUGUCUUUAACCCUAACACUCUCACUUGUGAAGACCCAGAAUAUGUUCCCAGCUGUGCAAACUACUUCAAGAAGUAAAUAUCUCAUUCAAGAAGAGGAAGCAGCAAAAAUUAAGAAAAGUAUACAAAUCUUUCCCAUUGGCCAAAUCUUACCUCCUGAAGAAAGAGGAGAAAUUAUUUUGCCUUUGUCUUCACUCAAGAUACUGUAGUUAUUAGGUAAUAUUACUAAAUAAAUCUAUUGCUUUGACCUUUCCAGUGCUAGAGACAGAUGGUUUGCAUAUGUACAGGAGUGUUAGUGUAAUGCCAAACUACAUUCACUGAAAGCUCUCAAGUCAAACGUGAUAUUAAUUUUAGUGAUGCUACUUGAAAUCUCACUAUUUUUGUAUGAAAUUUUAUAGUGGUAUUUGUCUACCAUGUACUCCAGUCAUACUUCUUGAAAUCUGACUUGAUAGCUGUACUUUCUUCAUUGAUUUGACUCCCUUCCAUUACCUCCAGCCUAUACCAUCCACUCACUCUUGGUAGGCCUCAAGUAACAACAAAUACAUAUAUGUGGAUUCUAUGAAAUAUAUAUGAUUGGGUCUA